AUGGAGAACGGCAACAGCCACCCAACUCUACGUGUCCUCCGCACCAGAUUGCAAACGAUCCAUGAUUCGAUUUCCCAUUUUCAGCCGCCAACCAGGAGGCCUCCAAUACUAGACUCAUCGUUGGAUCUCAACGAUGCUCCCGAUGACGCACAAUGGCUGCAACAAGAUCACAUCCCAGGCCUCAGAAGGCUCAAGGACACCAUUAAAAUCGAUUUAGAUGUGUUGGAUAAGUUCCUUGAGGAUCCCAAGUCCGCCAAUUUACCGCCCUUGUCGACGAAUGCGCCUUACCUCAUAGCGGUUUGGAACGAAGUACUUUGUGCACCUCCCAGAGUAGUGGCGGUUUUCAAGUCGUUUUCCUCGACACUGCCGCCUUCCACGCCAGUACCGCGGGAGUCUAGGAAGGCAGGUGGUCAAAAGCCUUCUGGAACUAAAGUUGACGUUGUAGCGGACCACGGACGUUGUUGGAUUCGGGUAAACACAAUCAAGAACUCUCGAAUCCUAGCUGAAUUUCGGGAAAUAGACUCGUACUUGACUGACUCGUCCGAUGAAGAAGACGUAUCUGACGAAGAAGAGAUUACGAAUGGGAUCCAUCGGUCGUCUCGGACGCUUGCCCAAACUGAAUUCGACAACUCUGUAUUACGAAUGGGUCGCGCACUAGUGGAAGCUGCCAAAGCUAACACAUACGAAGUAGCCUCUGUCGAUGGAACCAAGCGAAUUACUCCCCGAGUAACUUUGCGGCUGACCCGUCUUGACCCGUCCGAGACGAGCGAGGACGGCGACCCCAUCGACCCCCGGAUAGCCCAGACAAUACAAUGCCUUCAAGACAUGGGAAUAGAUGUUGCCUUGAGAGAGAGACAGGAUGAUGAGGUUCCCAUAGUUAUUAAACCGCCUCCACCCGCCCCCGUACCUCUGACUCUGAAACCGACGCGACGCAUUAAUCUUGAUCUCUCCGUCCUCAUCGCUCUUGUGUCGGAUCUUACACACGCGAGCCUUCCUCAGUCUGUAGACGAAGCCAAUACACGUUUCAUUCCUCCGCCGCGGGUCAGGGAAUGGAAAAAGAAAAAGGACGUCUCGGCUAUCGAAGACGGGUUAGAUGAACUGUCCAUGUCAUCCUCCAGUGACCUCGCCAAACAUUCCCGGGCUUUAACCAAUCAAGUGUUGCAGGAGAUGGUCAAAGGCAUGAUCCAAGAGUUUAGCGAUCGACUGUCGGAAGAGUAUGUGGAGUUUUGGACAACGGAUGAGGCAAAGGAGCGUUGCCUGCGUAUAGUAUCCAAAAUUGGGGGUCCGAACGAGAAACGGCGCGCGCAGGCACUGUUUCUCGAUCCUGCUACGACGGAUGCGGAAGACCUGUAUUGGCAGUCUUCUCGUUAUGCCAAGGCGUUCAUUCCCAUACUCCCUGUACGCCUAUACCCAGAGGACGGAGCACCGCUCAUGCCAACGACGCCUGUCCCAUCCUUCUUCCAAGCCCUCCAAAAUACUUGCCUAGACAUCCUCUCUCUCGAGAACACCUCCGCCCGGACUAGUUCAAGGGCCGUAAUCACUAAAGCCAACCCGCGACUGACGGCGCAUACGGUGCAAAGUAUGCUCUGGGGUGCACGGUUGGGAUGGACGACGUUAACCGCUAACAGGACCAGCGUGAGGGCUAUUCUGAAGGAGAUGGAGGUGCGGAGGAAGGCAGCCGCUGCCGCUGAUAGUAGCGCUGUCGAGGAAGAGUCGGUGGAGAGUCCUGAUGCAGCCAUUUGGAUUGUGGAUCCGCGGAGCUUGGCGGAGGGUAUGAGGUCCGAUAAAGAUUUGGCCCAGGUUACACCCAAUAAGAAAAGCGAUGUUGGCCUCUGCGGUAGGAAGAGAAGCAAUUAUCCUCUACUUGAAGGUCUGGACAUUUGGCUGGCCUCUGCAAUGAGCAUCAACAGAGACCUACAAAGCUGA